CAGAAUGAAGAAACACCUGCUGUGUCUCAAGCACCUGGAAACCAGAGGCCCAACAAUACAUGUUGCUUUUGUUGGUGCUGUUGUUGCAGCUGCUCCUGGACUGUUGUGAGGAAGAAAUGGUAAGGUGUUGCAUGCGGAAGUGUUUUAUAGUAACAGCACGGUGUAAGUUUUUAUUCCCUCUGGUUGAAAUAAAAAACUCUUCGGUAAACUUGGAAUUGCCAUUUUAAUAUGCCACCAAUUUUCCCUUCCACUGAAUUAAGCAUGUGUAAUAAUUUUCCUUUUUGUCACAAGUGUUUAGUCUUUGCUUUCAACCUUGUGUAGUAGGUCACUACCUUUGUCCCCAUUAUGAAUGGGGAAUAUAAAGCUUGGAAAACCAAAAUCGUCAUAAAGGAGAUAUCUUUGAGAUUUGGAGUCCACUUCAUUGUUUUCUUGGCCCAUUACAUAACCACACCUCACUGACUAUUGUAAUUUAUUGCUUCUAUCCUGAAACGUCUGAUUUGUCCAUUUUGCUCUGCAUUGAUAUCAUGCAUUUUUACAACUCUACACGAUUUUACCCGCUCUGCUUGGAAUUCUCCUUGUCUAGGUCUCCAUCUGGCCAACACAUUUAUUUCAACUCUCAUUGCAAUGCUCUGUGAUGCCUAUUUAACUGUCAGAGCUCCUCAGUUUCAGAGCCUCUGUCUUGUUCAUCUUGACUUUCCAACCCAGACACCGUUGCAUAAAUCAGGUGUCUCAUACAUAUUUGUAAAUCGUUGUUGACGCCUAAAUAAAGCUGUAGUAUUAUUUUACCAUGGUAUUUUGACUGAGAAAAAUGACACAUUUAAAGAAUAACUUACCAAUUUUUUUCAGAACCUGAAGGAAGUUGAUUCCAUUUUUGCACUGGGAAAUUUGAGGUAGAAUUGUUAAAUAUAAAGGAAAAGCUGAUAGUACAAUGUGAGACUAUUAAAAUAAUGAAUUGCCUUUACCAAUGACAGUGGUUCUUUCUUGAGCCUAUACUUUAAUACAGUAUAAUACAGUCAUGCUGUAUUAAAUUUCAGCAUCUCAUUAAUUCCUCAGCUGAGUGUUUGUGUAAAGAUACGUGGUUUUGUGAUCAGCCUCUACCCCAGAGUUACCAUAGCUACUGCAAAGUUUUCAUCUUAUUUGCAACCAUUUCAAGGAUUCUCCCUAAGAACCAAUUGUUUACUCAAAGUAGACUGUCUUCCAAAAGAGUCCCCACACAUAGCCAUGAUGAUGAACCAGUAGGUAAGCUCGUUAAAGGGCAGUAGGUAAUGUUUUCCGUACCCCACUGCCCAAACUCCCCUGUAAACAAACAAAAAAAAUCCACCCACGCACAAAGAGGGCAUAUUUCCUUAUUUUCUGAAGUAUACCAAAUGUGUUUCUCUCUUCUCAACGUCACUAUUCGAGACAAUCUCUAAUAAGAUUUUAUAUGCUUAUUUUAGUAUUCUUAGCAUAGGCUAUUGGAAUUUUCUCCCAUAAAAUAUUUCAGCUUUGAUCAAGACUCCCACAGUAAGCAUUGUAUAUGCAUUCUGUUCUCUUCGUGGCUUUAGUUGUUUAAAAAGUGGAAUUGUUAGUUCAAAAUAUUACAAGAAUUGUAAAAGUGAAAAAAAACAUGUCUCUACAUGACCCCUCACGUUAAGCUUGAUGUUUUCCUUUUAGAGCUUUUCUCCAGCAUAUAUAUAUAUAUAUAUAUAUACGUUGAUCCAGAGCAAAUAAGUCCUGUAUUUUAUUACCUUAAAUGAACCCACUGUAUUACUUAGAGCAGGACCAAGUAAAAUUGGGGACAGACAUUAGUCAUGCCUAAGACAGAUGGCAAACAGUCUAGCACCAAGUCUCCUAUCAUUUUCUCCAUUUCUCUUCAUCUUAAAAUGGCAUUAUUUUAAUGGUUCUUGAUAAUGGAAACUUUGAAACCAAUUUUUAAAGAACAGUCCUAAAGGACAGUUGAUUAAGAAGGACACAUCGAUUGCUAAAGGUCAGGUUCUUUCUACAGGGCAAUGUUGUGUCCAAUAUUAGAUCAAGAAAUGGAGGAAACGGUGAACAGUUAGGCACUUACUGGAUGUCUGUUAUAAGUAGUUUUAGUACAAAUGUGUGUCCAUAUUUUACCAUCUGUAGAAAUCAAAGAUAUAAACACAACCCAAUAUUUCAUAAGGAUCACUCUAAUAUGGUGGCAUUUGGGAUGUUUGUAAAUAUCACAGAAACAGAUACAAGAGCCAGAAUUCAUCUUCAGAAACUUGUGAAUCAUGUAUGUAGAUUCCAGAUUUGUUGCUCCACAGCAAAGACACAAUGGAGAACACAUUUUUUCAACGAUGUUGUGUUUUAAAGUUUUUCAAAUAAGGAUACCUGCAUUGGUGUGGCAUGCUCCAUAGGAUACUGUGUGGAAAUGUAACUGAAACAAAUUCUCAAGGAGUUUAUUAUUUAAUCAGCAAAGCAAGCUCAUUUUCCAGUCUUUAUAUAGUCCCUCAGUAUGUGUGCACACACACACAUGAGCUCGGUGAAGCUUGGCAGAAUGAGUACUAAUUUCCUAUUUAAAUGUGAUCUUUCUAGGAUUUACCCCCCAAGUUGCAUAUUUUAUACAUUUGGCAUCAUUAGUUUCUCCCAGGAAAUUUCACAGAAUAUUGUCAAUGGUGUCUUCCUAUCUCCUCCCACCCACUUUCUCAUAAUUACCGGAAAUACAUCAAAUUCCAGAGAGGCACUCUUACUCAGAGACACUUUGAGAAGUUAAUGAUGCUGCCCUCCAACACAUUCCUAACCUGCAGACACAGUCACAGCUCGGCAGGCAGAGACUCAACCAGCCGCUCUCUGAAUCCCCACUCGCUGCUUCCUCGCGGCUCCCCACGCUGAAGGCUGAGAGGGGUCUGGAAUUGCUGACUACCAUGCAGAGCCAUCCUCAGUCUUCUGGACAUUUGAGUAACAAACUAUAGUUUCUGCUUCCCAGAAUUCCUUGGGCCAUACCACCUUUGUGAGAGGUUUCUCCUUUUCUACACCAGUAAAUCUGCCACGUUCCCUAGAAACUGGUAGAGGAGAACUUAAUUUACUUCCCUCUGACAUUUUAUUUUUUUCAUUGACGUGUCCUGCUUCUGACUGAAGAAUCCUUUCCACUUCCUACUGAGUUCUCUUUUCUCCAGGUGGUCCAAUUUCACAACUAAAUUUUCCAUCUAGUCCCACUUUCAGUUGUAGAUUGACCCCUUUGCCUUCCCGUCUUUGCUACAUUCUCUCCAUCCUCACCCUUGCACCUGAGAAUGAAUGAAUGAAUGAGACAUCUCUCCUCUUCCCUUACCGGAUGUUCCAGAUCAAUAAUAGCUAAUUGUUGGAAGCUUUCGCGCACUAAGCCACAGCCAUGUUUGGUGCCGCUUUUCUGCAUUCACAUAAGUACUCUAUUGCCUCAGUGCCUAUCAGACAGCAUGGUUCAUAAUAACAAUUACAGGGUGGCUCAAGAGAAUUGGGUUCAAAUUCCAAUCAUACCGCAUAUUUAGUGCCGGCCUUUGGGCCAACCUACCAGACAGCUCUGUGCCUCACUUUGCUCAUCUGUAAAAUGGGGAUAGUAAAAUUAAAGUAAAAGAACAGCGCCUGGCACGUAAUAGGUACUAGGAAAUAAUAGUUUCCAUUUCCCUUUGUUGAACAGAUAAUGAAUGAACAACUGAAAGAGACAUCAUCUAACUUCUUUUGCUCUCUGACAGGCUCUCGUGAAGCUUCUCGGCUUCUAGACAGAGGGAUCAAUUUGCUAAUUCAGUAGCUUGGCUCUUCCAAGGCCACUGAGUUAUCCUCCCCGCCCUGCUUCUUAAUAUCUGCCCUCAACCCCCUCAUCACGUUGUCUGCACCUAGAACCCCACGACUCUGCUCAGCUACCGUUUACCUGAAUCAGACAAUUCUUAUUCUUGUUCUGGGUUACUAAAGCCGCUCCUGUAAUCCUGUAGAAUUCCCAAAUUUAUGUCCCAGAGACACAGAGACGCCUCCCACUCAAUGCUCUAAUAUCCAAACCCCAAACCCUCAGAGUGACUGGCUUUUCCCUCUUGAGAUGUUGGAGGUCUACUUAAAGGGAUGAAAGGGCAAAGAAAAUCAAAUAUAAAUCCCGUCACUCGAACUUGAGUGGAUGGAGGAAUGAUGACAGAAAACCUGGUCUGCAGAGAAGGGUGAUGUGAACUUAGCGAAUUCUGUUGUAGACUCUGAUACACUGUAUCUUUUCAGCAAUCAAUGGGGGAAAAAUCAAUGGAAAACAAACUAUGAAUAGAACUAACCAAAAAUCAAAAUGGCAUUACACUAAGGAGUAAUGUAAUGAUAUAUAUCAAAUAUUAAAGCAUAUAAUCAUGUAAGUUAUCUCGGAGAUUUUAAGUAAUUUGAAUUAUGCAUGGAUGAAGUCCGAAUGUAUAACAGUAUCCAUUUUCUGAGGUUAUGAUUUACUUUAUUUUAUUAAAUAAUGAUUCUCUUUCCUUUAGUUGACAUGGGCUUACCCAACAUUUAAAAAUGGUAUUGCUCUUUUUGUACUCUAAAUACUCUCACAUAGUUGAAAAUAAAAUUCUUCCAUGAAAUAUUUUCCUGGAAUAUUUUUCUUUUCUUUAAAUAAUUGGUUUUCCCUCGACAAAAUAAAGUGUUAUACUACAUUACAGCCUCACUGUUAGGAAUGAAGAAAGAGGGGAAAAUGCAGGAAGACCCACACAUACCACAAAAAUGGAGAGUAUCCAGGUCCUAGAGGAAUGCCAAAACCCCACUUCAGAUGAAGUCUUGUCCUGGUCUCAAAAUUUUGACAAGAUGAUGAAGGCCCCGGCAGGAAGAAACCUCUUCAGAGAGUUCCUCCGAACAGAAUACAGCGAAGAGAACCUACUCUUCUGGCUUGCCUGUGAAGACUUAAAGAAAGAGCAGAAUAAAAAAGUAAUUGAAGAAAAGGCCAGAAUGAUAUACGAAGAUUACAUUUCUAUACUCUCACCAAAAGAGGUCAGCCUCGAUUCUCGAGUUAGAGAGGUGAUCAACAGAAAUCUGUUGGAUCCCAAUGCUCACAUGUAUGAAGAUGCCCAACUUCAGAUAUAUACCUUAAUGCACAGAGAUUCUUUCCCAAGGUUUUUGAACUCUCAGAUUUAUAAGUCAUUUGUUGAAAGUACUGCCAGCUCUACUUCUGAAUCUUAAUUUUUAUUUUUAAAAAAUCAUUUUGGAGGGCUGGGAUGAGAAAUAAAAGUAGUUAAAUAACACCUGAAACUGAGUUCCUGGAGAACUACAGUUUAGCAUUCCUCAGGCUACUGUGAAAAUACAACCAUAUGGUCUUUGUCUCCAUUUUGUAUCAAGGAGUUACGUUUGGAGAAAAUACCACCUGAAACAAUGAAUUGCCAAAUUAAGUUUGUUUCAUUCAACACGCAUUCUACUUGCAAGCAAACUGUAUUUGUAGUCCUAUGAACAGUCUCCUAGUGUAUCCAGAGACUGCAUGUGCAAAGUAAAACUGCUUCAUUUGCCAUGUAGUUGUUGUUAAUAUUUAAGCCAAUGGCAUAACUUAUAUCUGUAUUUAAGGACUUUUGUGCAAUAUGGUCUUAUAGAAAUAAUUGCCAAAAAGUUGGCUGUGGUUUGCAUUUUUAAAUAUAAUCUAAGACAGAAAAAGCCAAUUUUUAAAUUGUAACUAUGAUAUUCAACAUGCUAUAUACUGUGUUCAGUACACUAAUUUUGAAGCCAAUAUUUCUGUACAUGAAAAAAGAACUAUUUAUCUCUGUUUGUUGGAAAAUCCUAAUGGGGAAUUCCUCUGGUUGUUCACUGCCAAAACUGUGGCAUUUUCAUUACGGAAGAGUUUUCUUCAUAUAUAUAUAUAUAUGAAGAAAAGAGAAAAAAAAAGCACAAAACAAUCUGAAGAUAUUCUAUCUCAAAGACAAAUCAAAGAGUGAUAUUGUUUUUAACUGUAAUAGAGGAAAAUGAAUCUAUGUAUCAGAUGUCCAAUACUGUAAUUAAUUUAUUAAAGACUGGCUCUCCAGUUCUAAAAUGGUUGUGUAAAGUAUGUACUUUAGCAAAAAAAAAUAAUAAGCUUGAUAACUUAGUUUUGGAAUAUAAAGAAAGGAUUUAAUAAAGGAAUGCCUAUAUGUAGCAUCAUAAAACUUUUGAUGAAUAGCAUCUGUGCUGUGGCAUAUUUUCCUUGAAAGUGAAAUCCAAGAAAAGCUAAGUUUUUAAGCAAGAAAAGUUUUAUAGGGGUUCUCUAGAAGACAAUUCUCUACUUCAGACCUUAACUGUUUUCACAUAGUAUCUUUAAAAUGACUUAUUUAAAAAAUGUUAAAACCAAACCAUUCUGAUCCAUAAUUGACAGGCAGUACAGUGCUCAAAUCUUUUAGCUGCCGUAUUAUUUUUUAUAUGUACUACUAAAUCUUUAAGACAAAAAAUACUUGCCUGACAUUGGCACGUACUUUUGACAUUCAAGAAAACAGUAUCCUAUCUCGCACACACACACAAAAGUCAGUGUCAUAUUUAUAUCAAGGUGUUACAUUUGAAUAUUAACAUCCCCUGGAGGCUAUUUUUUUAAUCUUAAACUUAAUAAAUAUUGAGUAACCUAAAAUGAAAGUUUUAAACAUAUUUAUAUCCACUAAGAAUACUGGCCUUAUAUUAAGGAUAUUAAAAUUAUAAGUUUCCUUUGUCAUUUUUUUAACUACCUCUCAUUUUUUUAAUUUAUUAAAGUUUUUUUAAAAAAAUCAAGUUUGGGGUUUUCUUUUUAACAUUUAUUUUACUUGAAAGGUUGACAUCGUAAUUUUCUUUUUCCAUAAACUUAAAACAUUUCAAGAAUUGCUUUUUUAAGUGAAUUUGAUUUUCUAACUUAUACAGAAUUCAGGAGAUAUGAUUAAAAGGGCUAUUAUCUAUUCCCUAUGCAAAUAUUUUAACUGUUGCAGUGUUUGACAAAAUGGGAUUUAAAAAAAAAAGUUUGCAGAGUAGAAAACAAAACGUUUCUGUUUACACUGGCGUUGCUGACUAUCCUACUAUAUUCAGCACUUUUAAAUACAUUAUUUAUGAAAAUGUAGUUAAAAUACAAGAUAGAAAAUAUUUAUAAUAAUUAUUUCUUUUAACAAAUGCGUGUUUCUGUCUGAAAGUGUUAGUGUGUUAAGACAUGCUUUAUCCAUGUCAAUUAGAUAUUUACUAUUUGAACAAUAGUUUUCAGUAAUAUGGUGAAAAAGAUAGCUAUGAAGAUGUUUACAAAAUGUCGUAUUUUUUUCCUAACGAGUGAAGAAAAAGCUAAAAGAAUAAUCAUCACUUCUAUUGUGAAGUUUAUUGUUCCUAAAUUAUCUAAUUUUUUUCUUGAUUAGAAUUGUUAUGCUACUAUGCUGUAUACACAUAUAUGUUGUAAUAUCAUACUUGUUGCUGUGUUUGAGGCACAUGACUAGAAAAUAUGUAAUAUGCUAUGAUACACUGCAUGCAUCAAUCUUUUUAAAUGUAGACUUUAUAUUCUUGUUACUAUAUAUGAUGGUGACUUGUUAGUCAUAAGUUAUCUUUAUAAGAUACUUUGGACUAUUAGAUGAAUUGUCUGUUUGACAAUACCUUUAAUAUUUUACCAAAUGUAAAAGAUAAGGGCCCUUAUAAAGAGUCCUAAUCUCUAACUCUGGGCAUUUGUAGUAUACAGAUUUUGAAGCUAGUAUAUCCUUUUGAAAUCUGAUUAGGAAGUUGUGUUGAGAAUGAUUCUAGAGUAGAUUUACACAUCAGAUGUUACGUGAGAUUUCCCUGCUAAAUUCCUAUUUUCAGGGGAGGGGAGUGUUUCUCUUUUAAUUUCAAAAUGUUUAAAGUUUCCAUGUAAGAGUAUGUCUGUGUACUUGCAACUCUACCAAUUUUUAAAGUAUGGUAUAAUUCCUUCAGUUUUAAUUACAGAGCUAUAAUAAACAAAAAAAAGCCCUCAACUGGUGUCUAUGCUACCAUUCCAAGAGCACAAUAUUUGUUUUGGUAGAGUUUGAUUUUUCCUAGUGAGUAAAUUCCUCCCUGGGGAAAAAUUAGCACUUUAGAAGGUACACUUUAUAUUUUACAUUGCCAAGAUAUCUUUGUAUACUGUUAGAAUCUGCUAAUGCACACAGAAAGAGGUUAAUGCUCUUUAAAUAAUGCCUAACUUCAGAUGUGUCUAUAAUGAAAAGUAGAGGAUAUAGAUUAUAUAUGAAUAUGUAUACAUAUAUUUAUAUAAAUUGGAGAGAUUUCUUCAGAGAUGGAUCUUGAACAUAGAUCACACUAAUAAUGAAUGCAUGAUGCUUCUUUACUCUGGAUAACUAUUAUUAUGUUACCUAAAGGUAAUACAGAUGUCCCGACAGUGUUAUAGGGCAGCUCUAAGCACAGCAGGUGCACUGGCAAGAGAACAAUAGCAAAACACAAUCUUGAUAUCAACACUAUGAAGUGCAAAAAUCAAGACCAUAAUGUGGUCCUUUUUUUUCAAUUUUAAAAUAUGUACAUAGGAUGACCAGUUCUGAUAUUUGGUCAUGGUGCAUGGGGUGUUUAUUCGUAUCCUUUAAUGCUGCCUAGAUUCUUACUUGUGGAAUGAAAUGUGUAUCAUAUAUUUACCUGAUAGUUCAGUUUUGCAAAAAGAUUGUAGAAAUAAGUAAAUAGUAUUUAUUUAUUAGGGGCAAAAAAAUACACUUUCACCCCAUUAAGCUGAUUUAAAAUAACACCUGAUUCUUAUUUUUUGAAUUUAUCCAUUUUUUUCUAUACACUUUUAACUUACAUUGAAAAAAAUGUCAUAUUGUAAUUGUAACAAACUACAUUUGCAAAAAAAUGCAAUAUACCAGAUGUGUUGAGGAAGAAAUAUACAAGGAAGAAAUUUAACAUACAAUCAGAAAAUAGGAAAAUAAGCCACCUAAAAUUUCUUAGGUCCAAAAUGUCUAUAGAUAGAACCCUGUCAAACUUGAGUUUUGAAAACUUUGCAUUAGAUACAUUGGCAAAUUAUUCUGAAAAGUGGUAAAGAUAUUUCCAGAAUUUUUUUUGCCUGUGUAUUUAUGUUGACAGUUUAUGACCUUAAUUUUCAUAGUUUUCAGACACUUAUAUUUGCAUGCUCUUUUCAGUUUUUAAAAAAUUUCUGACCAAUAUGUUUGUUCUCCUGAGAAAACAAUACUCAAUCUGCAAAAAGUUUAGUUAUUCCUUACUUGCUGCAACUUCAAAUAUUUACCAAUGAAACUGAUACCAAAAACUUGCUUCAGAUCUUCUCUGCAACACUCUUAGUAGUAUCCUUGCAACACACAACAGUGCACAGAGCGAUAAGUUUUGUUUCCAGAUACCAGCCUUUAAUUAUAAAUUUGGUUUCAAGUUACGUUUCUGUCUCAUAUGACUUUGGGCAAAUCACUUAUCCUCUCUGAGCCUGUUUCUUUAUCUUCAAAUGAGGAAUAUAAUAAUUUACAGGAUGGCCAUGGGAAUGAAAUAAACAUGGAAAGAAUGAAGUGUUACAUAUGAUAUUACUAUUUUAUCAAAGUUCUCCAGCUCAAUAAUAAUUCCCAUUUUCAAGAAUGUAUGUAUUAAAUGCCAUUUUAAUGCACUUUCCCCCGAUUUUUUUCAAACUAUACUUUAAAAAUCUGAUUUAAUUAUUCAUUAAAAAAUACAAGCAAGCUUAUUUUAAGACAGAGGAAUAUAUGAAUAUGUUAUUGCUUUGUUCAAUAAUGUGAUUCAAAAUCACUGUUCUCAGUUCACCAACAUCACACUGAAGCUACAAACAAGAAGUAUGUUUCUUUCAAUGACACACACACAGAUAUAUUUAGAUGUGCAUAUGCAUAUGUGUGAGUGUGUGUAUAAUAUUGUAGGUUUAAAUCAAAGUUUAAAUAAGAGAAAUCAUUUGAAAAUUUUAUUUCCACAGGAAAUAAAACAUUCCCAAGGAUAGGAAGAAUAUAAAUAUCAGUUAAUUUGCCAAACAAAUAUGUGGUGGUUAGAGGUAAAACUAAACCAAAAGAGACUGGCCUGUAGAAAACAUUGACUGGCACGGAACAGAAAGCAUUCUUUUUACUAUUAAGGAAGUAUGAUUUUUUAAAUAAUUUUAUCAUGAAAAUAAGUAAAUAAAAGGCAGUUGUAUGUUCAUAAAAGUUUUCAUUAAACCUUUUAUUUUAGAAUAGUUUUAGAUUUACAGAAAAAUUCCAAGGAUAGUAUAGAUAGAACCCAUAUAUGACACACCCAUGAAACAUUUGUCACAAUUAAUGAAACAAUAUCAAUGCAUUAUUAAGUCUACACUUUAUUUAGAUUCCCUUAGCUUUUAACUGUCUUUUUUCUGUUCCAGGAUUCAAGAUGCCACAUUACAUUUAGUCAUCAUGUAUCCUCUUAGCUGUGACAUUUUCUCAAACUUUUCUUGUUUUUGGUAACCUUGAUAGUAUUGAGUACAGGUCUAGUAUUUUGUAAGAUGGCCCUCAACUGGAAUUUGUCUGAUCUUUUUCCCACGAUUAGACAGGUGUUACCAGUUUUUGGAAGAAAGACGGCAGAAGUGCCAUUCAUAUCACACCAUUCAAAGGUACAUACCAUCAUUCAUUACGACUUAUUAUUGUCGAUGUUGAACUUCAUCACCUGGCUGAGGUAGUGUCUGUUAGGUUUUUCCACUGUAAAGUGAUACAUUUUUUAAGAGGGUAUACUGGACGUAAAUUUACUGGACAUUUACACUGAGAUAAAAAUAUUCUGAGCAGAUUCCUCAGCAUUGCUACUAGGUUCCAUUAAAUGACUGCUAACCAAUACUAUGAAGAAAAUAUAAUGAACUGGAAAUUGAUACGGGAAAGUAAAACUCCAAAAUGGUGUUAGCUUGAACAUUCACUUAAAGGAGGUGAAAGUUAACUUUUUCCCUUGAACUACCUGUAUGAUUACCUUAAUCCUCUGCAUCCCUUGGAUAGUGAAGAUUUUAGUUUUACUGUCAUAAAAGGUAAUCUAAAUUGAUGAUGAUUUUGCUGAGUACUUUUCUAUAUUGCCUUCCACUGAACAAUGAACACUGAAUACUGGAAUAAUGUAAAAGGCUUGAUUUUUCCCCCCUUGCUUUAAACUAUUUGUCAUAAAUACAGUGUAUCUUGUAUAUGAUUUUAGGGUGUUUGCUAAAUAUUAAAAAGUAUUUCAAUGUGUUUGGUUCUGUAAAGUUUAUAUUGAACGUGUGUAAUUUUUUCUACCAUGUUCAUUGUACUUAAUAAUCUAUAUCCAUAUCUUGGACUUUACCAAUAUUUAUUAGUGGACCAUAAAGAAAUUUUGAAUGCAUGAAUAUAACUUGAGA